UUGAGUACAACAACAAAAACAGCUGUUCGUACAUUACGCAAAGGUUUUUUCCACAUUUGUUUAUUAAAAAUGUCGCUCCUGGGCGCCUUUGCCAGAUUGGGACUACAGAGGAGUGGCGGAAUAGCCGGUGUCGCCGUCGCACGUUGUCUUCACACGACUCCCGUUCUCUGCGCGGAGCCCCUCAAGAAAAAGAAGAAACUGGAUCCGCAGAUCGUCAAGCAGCGGGAGGAUCGCAAGAAGAAGAAGAUCGAGAAGCAGAUCCGCCGGCUGGAGAAGAAUGCGCGGCAGCUGAAACCGGUGGAGGAGCUGGAGGUUCCGCUGGAGCUCAUCGAUGAAAAGGACAAACGGCAAAGGAAACUAACCCCACUGGGCAGCGCUGAGCUGGAGGAACGUGCUCUGCUCAAGAAGCAGUGGGCGCACUACAAGCACGACGAGCGCGUGGCCGACUUCCAGAUCAUCGACAGACUAGUGCAGGCACAAAACAAGGCUCUGGCCGAGCUCCGUCGCGAAUCCGAGGAGCUGUACCAGGCUGCCAUCGAAGUGGAUCCCCAGCUGCUGCCCGUUUCACUCAAAGGACCCGUGGCCACGCCCCCCAUCAAGAACUAUGCCAGUCCCGAUGGAGACUACCUGCAUCAGUCCAUGAAGUGGGAGGUCAAGUGA